AAAGUGGAAAUUUUGAUACUAUUGAAAAGUUACUGAUAAAUAUAAUUAAGUUUACUAUUCAAAAUAAGGAUAAAAAUUUUAUUUCAAACCUUUCAUUAAUGAAAAUAGUUAGUGAUAAUUUUGAGAACUUAACUCGAUAUCCUGAGCUUAUUAAUUGGUUUUUAUCUAGAAUAGCUUUUUUUGUACCUGAAAAUGUAUUUUCUGAAAUAGUUAGUAUUGAUUCUAGUUCUAGUCAUCUUCAUAAGGAUAUUUUAAAACGUUACUAUUUUCUGAAACAAAAAAAUACAACUGUUAAAUUGGUUUUUCCUUUAAUGGGAUUUGCCAGUUAUCAUGGAUUCAACGCAUCUCCUUUUGCAUUUUCGACAAAGACUAAUCUAUAUGAAUUAUGGAUUGGUGAAGCACUUCUUAAUUACAAAUGGG